AUGAUCCUGAGCCAGCUUACCAGGGGCCUGUCAUCACUGGCGCUGGGCCUCGCUGCCCUGCCCAGCCUGGUGCGUGGGGCGUACCCGGACCCGGAGGCCUGCAGCGGCAACUGCUGGACGCAUGAUCCGGCCGUCGUCAAGAGGUCGGACGGCACGUACUUCCGCUUCGCGACCGGCGGUGGCGUCGGCGUCUACUCGGCCCCAGCACUGACCGGGCCGUGGACCAAUGAUGGCUAUGCUCUACCUGAUGGGAGCUCUAUUGACCUGACUGGGAACACGGACCUCUGGGCUCCCAUGGUGAUUCUGGUUGGCAGCACAUACUACAUGUACUAUGCCAUCAGCACAUUUGGCACCCAGUCCUCGGCCAUCGGCUACGCAACGUCCACCACGAUGGAGGUUGGGUCCUGGACGGACCACGGUGCCACAGGCAUCGCGUCUUCCUCUUCUAAAGCCUACAAUGCCAUCGACCCAGCCGUUGUCGAGGCCGCAGACGGCACCUACUACAUGACCUUUGGGUCCUUCUGGGACGACAUCUACGAGGUAGCCAUGACCAACCCGCCCACGGCGCCGUCGGGGUCCUCGUACAACAUCGCCUACAACGCCUCGACCGACCACGCCGAGGAGGCCAGCUUCAUCUACCUGCGCGGCUCGACGGGCUACUACUACCUCUUCUUCAGCGCCGGCGCCUGCUGCGGCUACGACACGGACCUGCCCGCCGCCGGCGAGGAGUACUCGAUCCGCGUCUGCAGGAGCACGAGCGUCAGCGGGCCCUAUGUCGACGAGAAUGGUGUCGACUGUACCGAGAGCGGCGGCACGACGGUGCUUGCUAGCCAUGACUAUGUCUAUGGGCCUGGUGGGCAGGGCCUGCUGGUUGAUGCUGACUAUGACGGUGCGGUUCUCUACUAUCAUUAUGGAAGGCUUAUGGAAGCUGACAUGGUCCUUCUUGAAUCGAAUGUAGCGGAUACGAACAUCGGUCUGGCCGAUGCAGACUACCAGUUUGGCUGGAAUGCGCUGUCAUGGAGUACUGGCUGGCCUGUUCCCUACGCUUUGUGA